AGUCGUAAGUGUGUGGGAGUGUUUGAGGGUCACAGCUCCAAGGUGAGCUGCCUGCUGGUCUCUGCAGCUCCGAGCCUCCACCAUCGCCUCUACUCCGGGUCCAGUGACCAGACCAUCUGCUGCUACAACCUGAAGACGCGGGAGUUGGAGCAGCAGUUCCCUCUCUCAGACCGAGUCCUCUGCCUCCACAGUCGAUGGAAAACGCUGUACGCCGGUCUGGCAAACGGCACCGUGGUGACCUUUAACCUCAAGACCAAUAAGCAGAUGGAUGUGUUUGAGUGCCACGGUCCUCGGGGGGUGAGCUGCAUGGCCUCCUCUCAGGAAGGAGCGAGGAGGAUCCUAUUGGUCGGAUCCUACGACAACACCAUCAGCGUGAGGGACGCUAAGAGCGGCCUCCUGCUGAGAACUCUGGAGGGCCACACCAAGACCGUGCUCUGCAUGAAGGUAACGUACGAUACGAUAAUACUUUAUUGGUGA